AUGGAGUCAGAAGACCACGGUGGCGAGGCGAUAGAGACGGUGGUUCGAGGGUUGCGAUCGGAGAGGCUGUUUUUUGAGCCUGGUGAGACAAGGUCCAUUCUAGAGGAGGCCAAGACAGAUGGGUUUCCUUUUAAAGAAAGUGUGGUUAUGGCGGUGGAUUCUAGAGACCCAUUUGUUGACUUCAAGAGUUCAAUGGAGGAAAUGGUGGAGGCUCAUGGGUUGAAGGAUUGGGAGGGUCUUGAAGAGCUUUUGAGUUGGUAUCUGAGAGUCAAUGGAGAGAGCAACCAUGGUUAUAUUGUUGGAGCUUUUGUUGACUUGUUGGUUGGUCUUUCUUUUGCUUCUGAUGAUCAAUGUAUUUGUUCCUCUACUACCACUCAUUCUUUUACUUCUCCUUUAUCAUUUUCUUCUUCCAUUUCUACUAGUCCUUGUUUAUCUUCAUUAGAAGCUGAGGAUGAGAUUGAGAAAACAAUAGACAAUGCUUCAUCCUGA